AUGGAUAGUUCGUCAUUAAAUGUUACUAUUGAUGAUUUAGUUAUUGAUAAUGCUCAAUUCUAUGAAACACUUCGUAAAUCAUUUAAACGUGAUCCAUUCGAUCAUUAUGUUAAUGGUGUUUGUGGUUUAUUUAUUUGUCUUCUUGGUACUAUCAGCAAUGCACUGAGUUUCUCUAUUCUUAUUCGAAGAACAAUGCGCUUGUCAACUUAUGUUUAUUUGGCUGGACUUUGCCUAAGCGAUUUUACUGCGUGUCUUUUUCUUAUACCCAGUUGCAUAUUAGAUGCAUAUCCUGUUGAAGUACCAGAUUUUGAAUUACCACGAACAUAUGCUUAUACAAAAUUACUUCUAAUUACUGGUGCAAUUAGCACAACAGCUCGUGCUCUUAGUGUUUGGCUUUGUGUAGCAUUCACAAUUGAUCGAUGGAUAAUGAUAUGUCGUCCAUUUGUUGGUCCACUUUAUUGUACAAUAAAAAAUGCACGAUGUGUUACUUUGAUGAUAUAUAUUGUUGGUAUUUUUUAUGCCGUUCCACUUAUGUUUGAAUAUGAAGUACAUGCAGACAGAUCUUCAUCAGAAAUACUUGUUGUUAAUCUUAAUAAAAAAAUUUAUCGAUAUAGACUUAGUAAAUUAGGAAGUAAUUCAAUAUUUCGAUGGACUUAUGCUUUAAUUAAUGCACUUGGUGUUUAUAUUAUUCCAUUAAUAGUUAUUGCAAUAGUUAAUCGUAAAUUACUUAUAUCCAUUCGUUUACUUGAAAAACGUUCUGCUGAAUAUAAUGCUCCAUUGCCUACAAAACAAGGUGUAACAAUAAUGUUAUUAGCAACAACAGUAAUGCUUCUCGUAUUUCGUUCACCAUCAGCAACAGUAUCUGUUAUGUGGUUAAUUAGUGCAAAAACGUUCAUUAAUGAUAAACCUCCAUUUCGUUUACGAAAAUUUCACUCAAUUGCAAAUCUCUGUGCAACAUUUAAUUCAGCAACAACAUUUAUUAUGUUUAUUAUUUAUGGUACAAAAUUUCGUUCAGAAUUUAUGCGUAUUUAUUGUUUAAUUUUAACUAAAGUUAAAAAACCAGAACAACUAAGUAAAAUAAAACAAGAACAAGAACAACAAAGGCAACAAUUAAUAUCAAAUAGUAAUAAAAAUGAUAAUGAAAAUCAUAGAAAUGAUAUUAAGAAUAAAAAUAAUUUAGUGUUAACAAGUAAAUCUAAUUGUACUAAUUAUAAAGAAUUAUCAAAGAAUCAUAACAGUGCUACAACAUUAACAACAACAACAACAACAUCGGUUGCAUCACUUCUGCCAAUGAGACGUUUAAAAAAUCAAUCAAAAAUACAACGAUCUUCAUUUGAACAAGAGUAUGAUUUAAUAAUAAGUCAUAAUCAUAAUCAUACCAAUCCUCUCCAACAUGAAAUAACAAUUCCAGAAGAUGAAUUUAGUAGUGAUCAUCAUGAUACUAAAUCCGUAUCGUUAACUGGAUCUUACUUUGAUUGGUUUAAAAAUUUUAUUGAAUGUCAUCAAUAA